CUCUCUCAUUGUCAGCUCGGGCAUCACCUUGGGUUUGGCCACGGAAGAAUGAGGAAGAGAACUUUUCUCCCGAAAACUCAAAUGAACUAACCUCACUUCCAUAGAAUAUCUGGUAUAAACUUUGAGAAUCGAGUUAUGUUACACUAUAUGUACAAAGUGUAACAGACACCGUAUUUCCUCAAGUAUAGUUAGCCUUCUGUUUACAAUGGUCCAAGGUUUUGGAGGCUGGUGGACACGGUUGUUGGAGCGGCGUCAGUCGGAACUAAACUUCACGUUGCUGCUGCUGUGCUAUGUACUCUACCUGUUGUUUGGCGCCGGGGUCUUUUCAGCGGUCGAGCGUCCCUACGAAUCUGAGUUACGUGAAAAGCUACAAGCUCUCCGACACAAGUUCCUCCAGGACCAUGCUUGCGUGUCGGACGAGCUCCUUGAAAACAUACUGUCUCGUGCCCUUCAGGCCAAUAACUAUGGCGUGUCAAUGCUCGGUAACGUCAGCAAAUCGAACUGGGACUUUAUAUCAUCGCUUUUCUUUACCAGCACUGUGCUAACCACAACAGGCUAUGGUCACACCGUCCCCUUGUCAGAUGGUGGCAAGGCCUUUUGCAUACUCUUCUCUCUUCUGGGAAUCCCCAUCACCCUCCUGUUCAUCUCGUCUGUGGUGGAGAGGAUCAUGGUGGUGGUGACGCGGAGGCCCCUGGCCCACCUCCAGGUGCGGUGGGCAGUGCCCCGGGCGAGGGGCGCUGUGGGCCACGCCCUGAGCCUGACCUUGAUUUCGGCUAUGCUGCUCUUCUUCUUCCCUGCGCUGGUGUUCCGGGCCUGGGAGAGCAGCUGGAGCUUUCUGGACUCUCUCUACUUCUGCUUCAUCUCCCUGACCACUAUAGGGCUGGGAGACUAUGUGCCAGGGGAGACCCACCCCACCACCACCAACCCACACCGGCUGCUCUACAGGCUGGCCAUCACAGUGUACCUUCUGCUGGGUCUGGUGUGUCUGCUAGUGGUGGUGGAGACCUGGUGUGAGGUGCCUCAACUGAAGAGCUUCCGGAAGAAGUUCUACAGAGGGAAGCAGGACGGCCAGAUCCCAGAGGACAUGGCUGAUAUGGUGGACGACACAGAUGACAAUGAGCUGACUGAUCACAUGACUGCUCCGCCGCUGGGCCUGCCCAACUUCUCCUACGUGUCGGCGCAGGCCGCCUCCCUCCGCCUGGAAGAUCCCGCCCCCUUUACUCAUCCCCUGGAGACGACCGCGCCUGCCCAUGGCAACCACCUCAGGAGAUGACAGUCUGUGUCAGGAGGGAACUGCGUGAGUGGGUGAGAGAGUUUCCAGGUCGUGUGUGUGUGAGUGAGAGAGUUUCCAGAUAUAGAUUGUGAGGAUAGAGGUAGGUCCCUGAUGACAGGUUGUUUGUAAUUUUUUUGCAGCACUGUACACUUCCUGCAGUGAAGGGAACUGGCCUUAUAAAGAUAUGUGUG